UUGAGGGGCUUGACACCAGCACAGCUUUUUGCUUAUCUUUUGUUUGUUUAAAAAUUUACUUUGUACUUUGAUUUCUUUGUAAGAUGUUUUGUCAGUUAUAUCCCCCCCGCCCCCCUUUGAGCCCGAUGGCCAAAGUUGUCCCCGUUUCUUCCCACUCACUCAGACUUUUCACUCAAUCACUUGAGUGUGAUUUUUCUCUAUCCCUGAUGCCAUCUAAGGCCCUUCUCUACCCACCCCCCCCCCACCCACUACGCCCUGCUCUGGGCAGGCCCCCCACUGGCUCUGGGCAGGACCCACGCUCUGGCAAGCACCCACUGGCUCUGGGAAGGCCCUACCCCCCCCACUACACCCUGGCUCUGGGCAGGCCCUGCCCCUCCCCUACGCUCUGGGCAGGCCCCACGCUCUGGCAAGCCCUACACCCCACUACACCCUGUUUCUGUGCAGGCCCCAUACCCCCGUUAUACCCUGGCUCUGGGCAGGCCCCAUACCCCUCCUCCCCCAGAUUCCCCCUCCCUCUUAUGAGGCUAAUAAUGUUGCUUUAUUUUGAAGGGAGAGGGGGUAUUUUCUACACCCCCAACCCAUUAAACCCUCCUUUUCUUUCUAUUACGGAUUUGAGACGGCUUUAUACUUUUUUCUUUGGGCCCAGGUAGAAUAGUCAUCUUCAUUCUCACUACACCUGCACACAAUCCCCCUGCUCUCUCUCUUUAGUCCCACAAUGCUCUUCUCGCUGACCUCUCCACCUCCGGUCAGCCCCCCUCCCCUCACAGGAAGAAAGGCUGGGCUUUACAAAUUGGUAGCAGUAAUUAUGGUUCUGAUAUGGAUAUUUUAUAAACACAUAAAACAAUAAAGUAAACAAAGGUGUUUUUGGAGGGAUAAUGCUGGCUCGGUCUUGGAAGGAUAAAUGAACUGAUUAAGUUAGUUAAUCUCUUUGCAAUGCAAAAGAUAAGAUGGCCUCUAACCAAACCACAUCACUCCAGUUAUUUAACAAAAAAAUUGACCACCCCACCACCCAAUCCAGUUGUACCACUACCCCCUACCCAUGCAGAUUUGCUAGUCUUCUUGUAUCUUAUGGGGUGCCCUCUGACACCUUUAUCUACUCUUAAGCCAUUUUAUGUCUAUCCCAUCUCCCUGAUAUGAUAUCUGUACCUUCCCUGGGUUGGGUGAAAGCUGGAGUUGACAUCUUGCUAGGUGACCUGGUGCCAGGCCAUCUUAUUUGGUGCCAGAAGGGGGAGGAGCUCCAGGGAGCUGCCGGGCCAGCCCCCCUGCACUGUUGCUCCUUCCCCCCGCGCGCUCGCUAGGGCCGGCGGAGUGUGCGCGCUAAGAGCUGCCUUCCUGACACCCCAGCUACGCCCCCAAGCUAACAGCUCCCUGCUGAGUGGGUAAAUAGAACAGUCAGGACUGUACCACGUUUUCAUACUGUCACACACACCCCUCCUUACAAGAGCUUAGUACGUUCCGAUGCUGCGUCAGGCAGACAGCUCACAAACUGCACUCCGCCGCCCGCGUUCAGUUGGCUUGGGUAGAGAGAAACACGCAUGCGCAGCAACCAGCGCUGACCUCUUUAUUUCAGAGAUACCUAUGGAGGCUUCUAGAUGCCCAAACAUUACACACUGAGGCUUUUCUUCUCACUCCCCAUUGGCCAGGAUUCAAGCACAACAGGACAAAGAAAAAGCCAACCAUUCAAAAAAAAAACAACCUUUUUGAAGAAGAGGUUGAAGGAAAAGCGUAUGCUAUGACAUAUUAUUCCCAAAGAAAUGUCAUCAGCUCAUUUGAUGAAGAUCAAGCUAGUUAUCCUCCCUCCUUUCUCCUAGCUUGGCCAAACUAUUAAUAUUAUGAAACGCGUUAUCAAAGCCUUUCUUCCCUCCUGCCCCCCCCCCCCCACCCUCCCCUCCUGAAACAUCCAUUAUUUUUCUUAGAAAAUACAGUAAAUGUUGCAUGAGUGUAAACAGCAGGUUGUCUUUUGUAGUGUUUUUUUUUAAAAGACGUUUUAAUUAUUUUUCCAUAUGAGAAUUAAAAUAAUUGUGUAUUGUUUUGCGGAACUUUUACUAACGCUCUUGUUUUAUUUUGUCUCUUGGUUUUUUUUUUUCCACGACUGAUGAUGUUAUUUAGAAGGUUGUUUCAGGUGGGUGAUGACAUUACUCCUGCUACCGUACCCUAGGUGCCCUGGCUGAAACACGGAUCACUAGGGCAGCAUCAGUCCUCAACCACCAGCUGCUGAGGUUGCCGCCCGCCCCUCUGACAAACAAUAUGGCGUGUUACCUGAAGGCUAUUGAGACUCAGCCCAACUUUGCGGUGGCUUGGAGCAACCUGGGCUGUGUGUUCAACGCCCAGGGAGAGAUAUGGUUGGCCAUACACCACUUUGAGAAGGCUGUGACUCUGGAUCCCAACUUCCUGGAUGCCUACAUCAACUUGGGCAACGUUCUGAAAGAGGCUCGCAUCUUUGACAGAGCGGUGGCUGGCUACCUGCGUGCCCUCAGCCUGAGCCCGAACCACGCCGUCGUCCACGGCAACCUGGCGUGCGUCUACUACGAGCAGGGUCUUAUCGACCUGGCCAUCGACACGUACCGCCGCGCCAUCGAGCUGCAGCCCCACUUCCCUGACGCCUACUGUAACCUGGCCAACGCCCUCAAAGAGAAGGGCAAUGUAAGGAAGAACACGGUAUCCGAGGCUGAGGAGUGUUACAACACGGCCCUGCGUCUGUGUCCCACCCAUGCAGACUCUCUCAACAACCUGGCCAACAUCAAGAGGGAGCAGGGCAACAUCGAGGACGCCGUCCAGCUCUACAGGAAGGCCCUGGAGGUGUUUCCAGAGUUUGCUGCGGCCCACUCUAACCUGGCCAGCGUUCUGCAGCAGCAGGGGAAACUCCAGGAGGCCCUCAUGCACUACAAAGAGGCCAUCAGAAUCAGCCCUACGUUUGCUGAUGCCUACUCCAACAUGGGCAACACUCUGAAGGAGAUGCAGGAUAUCCAGGGAGCUCUACAGUGUUACACCAGAGCCAUCCAGAUCAACCCUGCCUUCGCUGACGCUCACUCUAACCUGGCCUCCAUACACAAGGACUCUGGUAACAUCCCAGAAGCCAUUGCGUCUUACCGUACUGCCCUGAAACUGAAGCCUGACUUCCCUGAUGCCUACUGCAACCUGGCACACUGCCUGCAGAUUGUGUGUGACUGGACAGACUAUGAUGAUCGUAUGAAGAAGCUGGUGAGCAUCGUGGCUGACCAGUUGGAUAAGAACCGCCUGCCCUCGGUGCACCCCCACCACAGCAUGCUGUACCCCCUCUCUCACGGCUUCCGCAAGGCCAUCGCUGAGAGGCACGGCAACCUCUGUCUGGACAAGGUACAGGCCCUCAUCAAAAUCAAUGCGCUCCACAAGCCGGCCUUUGAGUACCCCAAGGACCUGAAGGCCAGCGCAGGGCGUCUGAGGGUAGGAUAUGUCAGCUCUGACUUCGGGAACCACCCCACCUCCCACCUCAUGCAGUCCAUCCCCGGCAUGCACAGCUCUGAGAAGUUUGAGGUGUUCUGCUAUGCACUGAGCCCAGAUGACAACACCAACUUUAGGGUUAAAGUGGUGGCCGAGGCCAAUCACUUCACUGAUCUGUCGCAGCUCCCGUGUAACGGUAAGGCAGCAGACAGGAUCCAUCAGGAUGGACUCCACAUCCUGGUCAAUAUGAACGGCUAUACCAAAGGAGCCCGCAACGAGCUGUUUGCCCUGCGCCCCGCUCCCAUCCAGUGUAUGUGGCUGGGCUACCCGGGAACCAGCGGAGCUCCCUUCAUGGACUACAUUGUGUCAGACAAGGAGACGUCCCCCUUCGAGGUGGCAGAGCAGUACUCUGAGAAACUAGCCUACAUGCCACACACCUUCUUCAUCGGAGACCACGCUAACAUGUUCCCCCACCUCAAGAAAAAGGCGGUGAUUGACUUCAAGUCAAACGGCCACAUCUUUGACAACCGCAUCGUUCUGAAUGGCAUCGACCUCAAGGCCUUCCUGGACAGCCUGCCUGACGUCAAGGUGGUCAAGAUGAGGUGUGCCAGUGGGGACAGUGGAGUAGCAGAAACCAACGAGGCUCUGUCCAUGCCCGUCAUCCCCAUGAACACAGCAGCUGAGGCCAUCAUCAACAUGAUCAACCAGGGACAGAUACAGGUCACCAUCAACGGAUUCACUGUCAGCAACGGACUGGCCACUACACAGAUACUUCCAUUGGAGGUGGUUGUAGUAUCAGGGUCUGUCUCCCUCCAGAUCAACAACAAGGCGGCUACAGGAGAAGAGGUGCCUCGUACCAUCGUGGUGACAACCCGCUCCCAGUACGGCCUGCCUGAAGACUCCAUCGUCUACUGCAACUUCAACCAGCUCUACAAGAUCGACCCUCCCACCCUGCAGAUGUGGGCCAAUAUCCUGAAGCGUGUUCCCAACAGUGUUCUGUGGUUGCUGCGUUUCCCUGCGGUGGGCGAGCCCAACAUCCAGCAGUACGCCCAGAACUUCGGCCUGCCCGGCUCCCGCAUCAUCUUCUCUCCCGUGGCGCCCAAGGAGGAGCACGUGAGACGGGGCCAGCUGGCCGACGUGUGUCUGGACACGCCCCUCUGUAACGGACACACCACCGGCAUGGACGUCCUCUGGGCCGGGACACCCAUGGUUACCAUGCCAGGUGAGACCCUGGCGUCACGCGUGGCAGCCUCUCAGCUGCAGUGUCUGGGCUGUCCCGAGCUCAUCGCCCACACCAGACAGGAAUAUGAGGACGUGGCUGUCAAACUGGGCUGUGACAUGGAAUAUCUGAAGAUGAUCCGGUCCCGUGUGUGGAAGCAGCGUAUCUGCAGCCCUCUGUUCAACACCAAGCAGUACACUAUGGAUCUGGAGAAGCUCUACCUGCAGAUGUGGGAGCGUCAUGCCAGCGGCAGCAAGCCAGACCACCUGGUCAAACUGCAGCCCGUCGAGAGCAGUGAGAGCGCCUGAAGUCCCAGACCCAGGGUGUGUCCCAAAUGGCACCCUAUUCUCUAUAUAGUACACUGCCUAUGACCGAGGCCCGAGACAUAGGUAGUGCACUACAAAAAGGAACAUGGUGCUUUAUGGGACACGACCCCCCCUGAACCAGACGUCCCAUCGAUCGAUGCACGUCGCCCCCACCCUGACCUCUAACCCCCAGACCUCUUAACUCCAGU